UUUCAUGAUAUUGUUCGUCUUGUUCGUUUCUGUGUCUCACUGGAUUUCUGGAAUCAUUUAACUUUUUCGUUUUUUUUUCUCAUUAUUUUCCCGUAUUAAGUUAAUAACGGCAAUAUUGUCGUCUAAUUUUUUCUAUUCUAUUUUUGUAGACGUUCGGUUUUCCAAGACUAUUUUUGUUAAACUGUGUCUACAAUAUUACGGUAUACGUUUAUAAAUUGUUGAUUUUUGUUUUCGAGUUCUUGUUUUGUUUAAACCGCAAAGUAGUUUUAAUUGUUAAAUACUGCUUUGGACAAACGGACGGACGGCGUACACUUUUAAACAUCUAUAUUAUCUAUUGAAAAAUGGCGACAGGCAUCAGACGUGACUUGCACUUGAGACAAGACAAAGUAUAUAAUGAAAAUAAUAUACCUAAAGGAGUUAAAGAUUCUAAAAGCAGUGGUUUAAUAGCUCCUAGAAGAGCUGUAUUAAAUGACUUAAGUAGUAACUUGCAGAAUAAUCAGAAUGCUAAUCAAAAAGGAAAAAUUACAAUAACAAAACCCACCAUCCAAAUCACAAAACCUACUACAAGACUUGCUUCUAAUUUAAAUCGUACCACUACUUCUGUUACUACAAAAGUGAAACCUUCAUUAAACACAUCUAAGACUGUUCUUAAAGUUAAUACUGGUUUAAAUGAAAAUGUAUCCAACAUUCCAAAAGCUAUCAUCAGACCUAAGACAGUUGGAUUGAUCAAGACUUAUAGAGGAACUUUGACCAGGAGUUCAUCGCUUAGAAACAAAUCUGUUGUAUUAACAGAAUCUCAAAAGAAGGAACAAGAAUGGAUUACUGCUUGUAAAGUAGAUGCUGUUGACAAAAAUGAUGAAUUUGAUCCUUUUCUUGUUGGGGCAUACUCCAAACCUAUUUUUGCUUAUAUGAUGAGCUUAGAGAAUCAACAUAUGAUAAAACAAGAUUAUUUAGCCAACCACAAAUACAUUACAUCAUCUAACCGUAGUGUUGUUGUUGACUGGCUUGUGGAAGUACAACAAGAAUUUCAAAUUAUGCAAGAAUCUCUUUAUACAGCUGUUGGAAUUCUUGACAGAUAUUUACAAGAAAACCAAAAUGUUGCUCGAAAUAAACUUCAAUUAAUUGGAGCCACAAGUUUACUGCUUGGCUGCAAGUAUGAAGAAAUAUAUGUACCUGAAAUAACUGACUUUGUCUAUUUAUCGGACAAUGCUUUCACCAAGGAUGAAGUAAAAUCAAGUUUAGUAGAUGUCUUCAGAACAAUUAAUUAUUCACUUUCUAGACCUUUCUCUUUAACUUUUUUGCGAAGGUUUAGCAAAGUCUCGGGUGCACGGUCAUCACAACAUUCUUUGGCUAAAUACUUUUUAGAAUUGGCUUUAAUUGACUAUAAUUUGGCACAUAUUAAACCAUCUGAAAUAGCUGCAUCUGGUCUAUUGUUAGCAGUUGUAAUAACUAAUGAUCCUGAAUUAGAUGAUAACCCUGAAGACGUCAAAUCAUUAUUAGCUUUAUAUUGGACAGAUGUAAUGCAAAAACACUCAACAUAUAAAAUGGAUGAAUUGAUAUCUACCAUUCAAUCGCUUGCGCAUUUAGCUCUUAAUGCACCUGAAUGGAAAUACAAGGCUGUUUACAAAAAA